AUGAAGGUAGCUAAGAAAAUUGUAGGUAGGAGACCGAACCCAAAACGAAUUAAAAAGACUUGCUACAAUCAAGUAUAUACAGAAAAGGCAUGUAAAUGCGAAGAUAAGGAAGCUUUAAAGGCUUUCUUCGAAGAACUGAUGGAAAGAAAAAUGAGCCAAAUUUAUGCACAGUACCAAGUGCUCCUAGAAGAAGUAGCGCAGCAGAAAGUCCUCAUUCAGCAGCUUCUAAAAGAACGCACCGACGACUCAUCGAUAAUGAGAGAAUUUCCAAUUAAAAACAAAACAGAUUUGGGCCGAAUUAAUGAAAAUAUAGAAGUUCGCGGAAAGAAGAACUACAUCAAAUGUAUGACUCAAAUUCUUCAUCGUUCUGGAGUGGUGAAAAACCUGAAGAAUAUUAUAACAGACGAAUUGGCCAUGCAGUACAAUAUUAAUGGAGUGUUGGGCAAAGAUUCGUUCAAAGGCUUUACAAAUUUUUUCGACGCCCUUAUUGAGUCCAUUCCUACCGGGAUAGACGCUGGAUCGCCAGAGAAUCAACUGCGCCAAGCCCUUCAGCGUCAAAAAAAACGCGUAAUAAAAAAAAUCAUUUAGUAAAUAAAGAAAAUAAAUGA